AUGAAGCUUACGGAGAUUAUCACUUUCCGUUAUGCUUAUAAUGCGUUGGUACCCGUGAUGGAUGGUGUUAUACAGCCAUUUAUCAUUAGCAGGGAAUGUAGUGAUCAGUAUUAUAAGCUAAAGGAUGAAUUAGAGGAAUAUUUGAAAUCUCCUGAUAUAACUGAAGUAGAUAAAUUGUUGGAAGAGUUUUGGUUACUUGAUUUAGUCGAAGAUGGACGUAUCGAAAGGGAUUAUGCAUUAAAAGUUCUUUUACGUUUAGUGAAUUUUCACUUAUCACUCAACAUAGAAAUGGAGACUAAUGAAACUCUUAAUCAAGUCAUAGAUUCAUUCAACUGUGGCAGUCUUCAUGUUUUUCAGCAAUGGUUCCCAAACGACACGAGAUUCAUAGUAAGUUAUUUUAACUUCACUAUAUCGUUAAGCCUUCAACUUCCAAAGAUUGAAUCAUCUAAACCAAUUCAAAAACAAGUAAAUGAGAAUCGUCCACAUAGUAUGACAUCUGUAUUAGGCAGCUUUUAUCCUAUUUACGGUGAUAUUAAGAAUUUUGAAUUUGAUGAAUCUAGCCUAAAACUUGUUAAAGAACAAAUUCUAGGAAUUGAUCUAAAAGGUUCUUUUUCUUUCAAUUCAUUUGAUAAUGAAAAAUCAGUUGCAAGUGCUAUUCAUAUUAAUAUGACUAAGCGGAUCACUGAAUUGUUAAGCCGCAUUUACAAAGAAUAUAUUAAUGUUGCACAAGAACUUGCUGUAAGAAUGCAGAUUUCAUCUACAAAGAGAGAAGUAUCUCCUGAUUUACUGAUUAAUUUUAAACAUUUUUCAGUUCCUAUGGAAGUGAAAUAUUCGAAUAUUUUAGGGUAUAUAAAUAAUUGCAGAUCUAGAAAUAUUUCAAAGAAGUCAUAUGCUUUUAUUGAAAUAUUUGGUCAAUUAAUAAGGUUUGCUAUUAUGAAGAAGUGUCCUUAUGUAUUGUUAUCAAAUUAUGAAAAUACUUUAGUAAUAGAUUUAGAAAAACAUGAACUUGGUGAUUUUAUUGGACAAAACCUCUGCAGAGUUUUAAGAUACCUCAAAUGUUCAAUUUAUAGUCUUGAUGAAAAUAGUUCAAGUGUCUAUUCUUCAUCAUGCAAAUUAUUUAUGUUCUUAAAUGGUUGUUACAAUAGGAAAGAGUUUAUGGAAGAGGAAAUGUCAAAUUUCCAAGAGAAGGCUAUAAUAAAAGAAACCGCAAAAAACUACAUAACAAAAGAAUUCUAUGGUGCUAUAGAUAGAGUUUUGAAAGAUAUUGUUGAAUCAUAUAUUCAAGAUGCACCUUUAGAUAUUGAAGUUUCAUUUGCAGGUACUGUAAAUCUGUCAAUGGUUGUUAAUUAUGAUUCAGGAAUUGAAAAUUUUAAAGAAAGGGAAUCAUUGAAUGAAUCAUUGAUUGAUUCUGACGACAUUGACAUAUCAAUUAAUAGCACAGUAGCUUCAAUGGUGAUUAGUAAGUACAAACCUGAUUUGGAAAAUAUCACUAAUAGGUUUCUGAAGUUUUACUACGAAGAAUCAAAAAAAAUGAUUAAAAGUAAAAAGUGGUUGAACUAUUCUAUGGAAGAUUUCCAAAAGCAAUUUAUAAUUACUAGAAUUUUAUCAGGUGCUAGAUUGAAUUCGAGAAAUAGCUCGAUAUUUAAAGUAAAAGAAAAGAAAAGCGAAAAGUUAAUGAUCCUAAAAGUGGUUGACCCUGUUAGGUCAGCCAUAUUUACAGAAGCCGACUCUGUAAUAGAGGGUAGUAUCAAGACUUCGUUUAAGGCAUUUUCACGAGAAGUACAGUCUUAUAUGAAACUAAAAUCAGUUAAAAAUAUUCCUUAUUUGGUGAGUUUUGGAUUUUUAACCAAUCCUUCAAUUGAUAAGUUGGUGGAAGAUUUGACUAUUAAACUGGAUGAAAUAUUACCUAUAUCCGGUUUCUAUAUGCUUAUGCAUAUUAUAUCAGGAAAAAGGUUAGACAAAUUUGAAGGUAGUGAUAGUGAAAAGCUCCAAAUUUAUGAAAAAGGUGUUGAGAUAAUUAACCAAUUUCAUACUUUAGGAGUUUUUCAUAAGGAUAUAACCAAGAAAAAUGUGAUCAUUGAAACUGGAACACCUACAUUUUUGGAUUUUUCAAUCCUGGCUUUGAAUGAGAGACGCAAAAAGUGGAGAAUACCUUAUAGAAAUAAUAAUGAAAAAACUAAAGAAAUUUUUAUAAAAGAAGAAGAAGAAGGAAAAGAAGAUGAUUAUUAUGAUGAUGAUUAUUAUGAUUAUUAUGAUUAUUAUGAUGAUGACGAGGAUGAUGAAGGAGAAGAAGAAGAACAAGUAAUGAAAGAACCAAAUGAUUUAAAUAUAGAAGAAGAAGAAGAAGAAGAUGAUGAUGAUGAUGAUGAUGAUGAUGAUGAUGAUGAUUAUUAUUAUUAUGAUGAUGAUGAUGAUGAUUAUUAUUAUGAUGACGAGGAUGACGAAGGGGAAGAAGAAGAUCAAUUAAUGAAAGAACCAAAUGAUUUAAAGGUAGGGUCAGAAAAAAACACAAAAUUAGCAAUGAAGGACCAUCUUGAUUGGAGAAUGGCUGUUUUUUCAUCAUCAGAGAUUCCUAACCUGAGUAAUAGAAAAUCUAGAUUGAAGAGAAUAUAA